UUCACAACCAUCCAGGACCACAACACCCCUGCGUCUUGUAUCAAAACACCUGAACAUUGACUAUUGGGUCUACAAGAAGGAUAUUAUCACGCAGCCAAAGAGAAAACUAUACGAGUUCGCCAAAAUCGAUACUUCGCUUCAGCUUGCAGGCACCAUGGCCACUCUACCGCAGGAGCUCUACGGCCAGAUCGUGCAGUGGACGCAAACGAACACCCAGCUCGCUUUGGCGCAGACAUCCAAGGCCUUUCAAAGAGGCGCGGAAAGUCAGCUCUACCAAGCCUUGUUCCUGCGCGAUGCCAAUGUGGCAUACAAAGCCUGUGUGGCCGUGACCACUCGUGAUGGCGAGCGCGGGCCGUACUUACGCAAGUUCUGGUUUUAUCAUCGGACGAACAACCGCGUCGACUCUCUUCCGGAACGACUCUGGCUGAGAAUCAAAGCGGCGUUGGAUGUCGCGGUCAAUCUCGAGAUACUGCUGAUGUACGACCCUGCGCUGACCAACACCUGGGUGCUCAGCGCCACGGACAUCAAGUUCCAGCUCCAGGAGGCGAACCUCGGGUUGCAGUGGGACAAGACCCUGGUCGAGUUCCUCGAGACGCAGGAAGGUCUGACGUACCUACAUGUCGAGGAUUCGCUCGAAGAUGGCCCUCUGGCUGCCAUCAGCCCAGGGAAACUCCAGUCUCUCAAAACCUUCCAGGGACCACCUUUGGUGGUCGCUGAGCUCCUUACUUGCCCACUCACUCAUCUCCAAGUCGAGGUCGAGAACGAGACGGCGGCAAUUGUGCCUACGGUUAUGUUGGACGUCGGCAGGAUCAUGAAGAAUCUUCGUAGUCUACACAUCGUCUACCUGCCUGAACAGAUGGCGCUGGAACUAUUCCAGCUCAUCUCCUCGUCAGCCUAUGCUCCCACCUUGCAGUUCCUCGGGGCGUUACCGUAUCCAAUGCAGAACCGCUAUGAAGUGCACCGCUGCCUAAUGAAACUCUACUCCCUCGAGCUGAUCGAGUUGGAUGUGACGGCUUGGGCGCCACAGCCAUACGAUUGCUAUCAACGCAUGCUGGCGGCUGAGCUGCGGACGUUCUGUCCAAAGAUCGCCUACGUCGGCCUCUGGAUUGGCAACCUCCAUUGCGUGUGGAUUUACCAGGACGAGGAGUGGACGAGCACGCGUGCGAGUGGGCGCUUGCCGCAGCAGGAGACGCUGUGGCGGAACUGGCCUUGGAUCAGGUAGACGAGGCGCUCGUACCUGUGCCACUGGGAUAGUCCUGACCGCAUGAGGAGGCUAUGUAGAGAGCGAUGUGGGCAGUCAA